UACGUAAUUUGUGUUUAGUGUGUACUAUUAUUGUAAAGUAUGGAAGUGGUAUUGAAUGACGCAGGACAUGAUUCACGUGUAGCGGAAACUUUCGCUAGGUAUUUUGAGAAAGAAGAUUACCUCGACGUAAUCUUUGUGUGCAAAGGUGGAAGACAAAUUAGGGCACAUAAACUUAUAUUGUCAUCUGUUAGCCCUUUCCUGAAACAAAUAUUUUCAGAGUGGAAAGGUAACGAGGAUAUGGUAACAAUUUUUGUUCCUGAUGUAGAUCAUAAUAUCCUUAAACUUUUACUUGAUUUUAUAUAUGAAGGAACAACGAGGCUAUCACAAACAGAACUUGAUGGGUUUAAAACUGUGAAAAGAAUGUUGAAAAUCAGAUUAUGUGGUGCAGUUGUACAACAGUAUCAAGUUCAACAAUUGCCUCGGAGUCAACCACCACCCUUACUUGAACUGCGUAAUAAAAUUCAUUCUGGAACCCAAAUGAAGCCAGUCUCACAGAAUAUAGAGCAGAGGCAGGAAACUGAAACUGCAGCAAUUGGUAAUGGCAGUUCUGUUCCAAAAAUCAACACCAUACAGCCUUCCAAUCCAGUGGAUGAACCUCUGACACCGGUUAGAAGGUCAAGAAAUCGGGAUGAUCCUCUGAAUCUACCUGAUUAUCAUUUUGAGCCUACAACAUCUAGAAGAUCAACAUUUCAGACAGACAGAGCUAACAUUAAUGAUAAUGGAGGUAUUGUUUCAUCUGAAGGUGAACGACACAGAUAUCCUGACACUGCUUCAAGUUCUAGCCCAAUGAGUCAACAAGAAACAGGGACUGUCAACAAUGAUCAAGGUGCACAUAGCAUUAUUUUGAAACAACAGAGUGGAUCUAGUGUUCGUAAAAGACCUUGUACUCGGACAGCUUCUGAUGCUGAACAUUUUGUUCAUGUAUCCAGUGUUGUGAAUUUAGAACAGACAAAGGACAAACAUAUUGGAAACAAGAGUAAAGGAGUGGGUCUUACUGGCCACAGUGCAAAUACUAUAAUUGACACUGAAACUACCGAGUUUCGAAAAACUAAAUCUAGGAAAACAAAACUAUGAUAAUGAUCCCAAUCUACUGUAGCUGAUAAGCCUGUGUAAAAAAGAUGAACCUCUAAUAACCAAAGUAACACACUGUGGUGUUCGGGCAAAGUUAAGCAUUCCUAUUGACUCCCCCGUCUAGUGCAGAGGUCAAGAAUGAGGAGCUAUACCUCUUCUCCCCCCCAAGUGGCCUACAUGGUGUGUAGCAGGACUGCUUUACUUUAUUCUGUAUUGCUCCUGGUUUCCCAUUUCAUUCAGGGUGGGCCUGGAAGUUUUAAGAUUGUCGGGGUUUUAAAAAAUCACUACAUGUAGUACAAUUGAGGUAGGAAUACCAAUCUUGUUUUAUUGUAUUAUAAAUGCUCAAUAUGUGUGCCUUCUGUCAAUCUGCAGACAUCUACACGAUAGUCCAUUUCUUCCCAUACGCCCCAGCGUGUCAGCAGUGAUUUUUAGAAUGGCGGCUCUGAUACGUAUCUUCAGAUCCAGGAUAGUCACAGUUAGAGGGAAGACAAAUACUUGAUCCUUCCCAAAUUUCGUGUGGAGGUGCCGUUGGACAAUGGUAACGGACCGACUUUGAUGAUAUUUGAGAGUACAAAAAGCCUUCUUCUUACCGAUAGACGCCAUAUUGCAAAAUCUGGCACCUGGCGGCCAAUCGCGUAACUACUGGAUGGCGGGCGGUACAGAACAAAACUUUGAGAGUUUCUCUAUCCACCAGUGUAAUGAUAAUAGUCAUAUGUUUAAUGCAUUGCCCCACAAAAUUCACAAAACCCCGACAAUCUUUUUGAAUGUCAUGAAGGGCAUUUUAUUGUAGUGGGCUUGUGGAAUUGCAUGUGUUGGCUGCAGUGGUUACCUGGGCAUGCCGGUUACAUUGCAAAUAAUGUUCGGUGUUCAGCGAGUGUGGCUGUAGCUUUGUCUGACUGUUCUUUCCUCCAUUUUGUGGAUGGUGUGGUUUCCAGUGGAUUAAUAUUGAAUUUUAUUUUUCUCUGAUUAUAUAUAAAUUCUAUUUCCCUUAAUAUUUGGUUUUGUGUCUUACCUCAUGGCUCCAGCUGUCAGUUGGGUCUACAAUCUGUGUAAGGAUGGCCUGGUGAAGCUGUGUUUGCUCUUUGAGAGUCUUGGUUUCAGAGGCACUACACCUGAUAACAGCAUUAUUGUCAUGACUCUCACUUGGGGGCCCAUUUGGGGUCUAUGAAGAUGUAUUUUAAGAUCUGCAAGGCCUGGUAUGAAAAAGGAAGUGAGUAAUUAUGUCCAUCAAUGCCUGAAAUUAAUGCUUCUCAUACUGAACUAAUCAUCCAAAUUAAGAAGAUUCUGAACAAAAUAAUUCUGUUGAUUUGAACCAAUUGUAGUUGGCAUUAACAGCUUCUGUAAGUGUGAGAUGUUUUAAUUAUGCAUAAAUCAGCGAUCAUCAGGCUUGAUAGUGUUUUUACUGUUACUAUAACAUUUCAGGAUCAUUACUUUUUCAUCGGUACUAAUAAUAAUGCAAACAUAUUUGCAUCAAUUUUUCUCAGGAACUUAUCCAAUAAAAUUUUCAUUUCUUAUAUUCAUUACAGUAGGGCCCCGCUUUUCGGCGAUCCGCUAAUACGGCGCUUUUCAAUUGCGUGCAUAUGCCCCACGCGCUCAACAGCUGAGUCAAAUAAGUGCGUCCGGCACCAUUUUCAUGUCGCUGAUUCAGUCUGUUUACAGCUGCUACUGAUAUUCAUUUUACUUUCAUAUCAUUUUCUUAGGCCUAGCGCUACUGUGCACUUACUAUAACCUGCCGUAUAUGUGGUGCCCUACUGUAUGCAUAUAAUAGCUGUUAAGAAAAAUGUGAACUACUGUCAUCACCAGUAGAAUGUAAUAAACUGAUUUCUUUGA